AUGGUCCAUUGCCAGGAGUCCAUGCUGGCCCUGCGAUGGACAACUACCUCCAGCUGGACAUUACAGGUGCUGGCCUCAGAGCUCAGCCUAAUCACUUUCAUCCUGCUGCUGGUGCUGGUCUUCUCCAAGAAAUGGCUGUACCUCUCCAGGAGCCGCUUCUACCAGCGCUGGCCAGCAAAUGUCAGUGCUAAAAUCCACACCAAGGCCCAGAUCAUGUCCAUGGUCUUGCAUAUCUGUCACAACCUAGAGCAUGGGAAAGUCACCUUCAUUUUCUUCACCCUCAUGUUGUUCCCUAUUAACCUCUGGAUCUUUGAAUGGAAGAAUAAUUUAUCAGUUCCCAUUGGCUGGAGCUAUUUCGUUGGUUGGCUGGUGUUUUUUCUGUAUGUUGCCUGUGCGGUCCUUUGCUACUUCAACCAAAACAAUUUCUGGAGUCUGGUUCUGACACGACCCUUUGGCACCGUGUCCUGCAGCAGUGUAAGUGCUGCUGAAAACUUUCUGAAUGAGGACAUAGAGACUACUGGCUGCAAGCUGGAAGCCGAGAAUCUUCGGAAAAAUGAUAUCCCUAUACCCUUUCCUGAGGGCUCCUUAGGCAUCAGGUUCUGUCCAUUUUUCUGA